UCUUCACUGAGAAUUGAAAUUAACAAUUUAGUACAUGUUGUCAAUCUUGCAGCAUGGCUCAACUUCGAUGUAUCUGCUACCAAUGUAUUUCUUGUGGAGCUCUUCACUUGCUGAGAUAGCUUGGUCUUCAUCUUCAAGGAAUACUAUGGCUCUGCCUGAGAAUCUUCCUUGUCUGAUUUCAAAGUGAAUAUCAUCUUCUUUGGGAGUGAAAUGAUCCAUGAACUUCAAAAUGUCAUCCUUGUCGGCUGAAAAUGGAAUGCCUCUAAGUCUAACAGCUCUGUUCCUGUUUCCUUUAUCAAGAAGAAGGUCUCCAAUAGUAUUCUCCUUCUUACCCAUACAAAUAUCAGGGAACUGUUGGUAGAACUUAAAAUUGGUGACAUAGGUCUCUAUCCAUCUUUCCCCCAUAGUGUUGCCGUUCUUCUCCUCGCAGGCCUUGAUGGCAUCUUCCUCUGUAAGGAAGAGGAUUACUGCCUCUCCUGUUCUCUUGCCGUCAUUUCUCACUCCAAUGACGAGGCUGCCUUCAAUGUACUCAUAGCCAGCAAAGAAGUCGUAGACCAUUUCAUCUUCAACUCUGAAGGGGAUUCCUCUGAGCUUGACACAGACUCUGUCGUCCAAGUUAAACUUGGACUCAAAUGUCGAUUCGCAGUCUUCUGAACUCAUCAUCUUGUUAUCUUUAAUAUUUUAGUAAUAUAUUAUAAGCUAAGCUUAGUCAGUACUUAA